GUAGUCAAUGUUGUUGUCAUUUAAAACCAUAAAACCAAGUCAAGAGAAGAAAAUACAAAACCCAGAAUAAUAUCAAACUGUAAUUGGUGGCAUUAGAGAGAUACGAUGAGUGCUAUAUUUGAAGAAGGUUUACUUGCACAUAUGCAAGCUUUUGCAAUAAUUGGAUUUCUAGCUGUAAUUGUCUACCUAUUAAUUCAUGGACAGAACAAAAGAGAUGGAGAUGUUCCACAUGUCUGGAAUUAUCCCACCUUAGUGAGGCAGCAGGGCUAUCCAAGUGGAGUAUUUUCAAUGGGACCUCCUUCAGAUGGAGAUGUUCCACAUGGCCGCAAUAAUAGCGAUAAUCCAACCUUGGAGAGGCAGCAAGACUAUCCAGACAGAGUAUUUUCAAUGGCACCUCCUUCAGAUACAAUUGUUGACAACCAACAAAAUGGUGCACUUCGAGAAUCAUGUGAGCAAACUGUUCUGAUUGAUGGCAAAAAAAGAAUUUUGAUGACCCCUGCAGAAUAUGGGUUGCUAACUGAUAAAGUUCAAAUACUUGAAAAGACCCAUGAACUUGACCAUUUUAAGGACAAAUAUGUAAAGGAUUUAGAAAUGACAGUGAAACAUGUAAAGGAUGAUUCUGAGAGAGGUAUUAUAUGUUAUGAUAAGAAGUCUGAGGAACUUUUAGAAGCCAGAAUAAAUUAUAAAUCAAAAUGUGAUGAGACCGUUAAACUAAAAAAAUGUAAUCUUAAUUAUGAGGCAGAAAAUGCUAGAAUGAGAGAACUCAUAACUAUCAAAGAAACUGAAAAUAAAGAGUUGAAUGAACGGCUUCUCACACUUUCUCAGCCUGACAAAAAUUUUGAAGAAAAGUUAAAGGAAAAUGCAACUUUGAAAAAAAACUUGGAAGAAGAAGAGGCUAAGAAUACUCAGUUGAAUGAACAAUUAUCUGCAAAAGAAAAAGAAAAUAUUAGAUCCAUUCAGAAACUAAAAAAGAUUGAAAAAGAAAAUCUUGAACUAAAAGAAAAACUUGCAAAACUUGAGAGUGAGAAUAAUCAAUUGCAACAAAAGCUUUUAGACAAAGAGAAGGAAAAUAAUGUUGCAAAACAAGGUCUAACAGAGAAAGAUAAAGAAAAUGUGAAACUCAAAGAAAUUUUACAUGGUUACGAAAACGAUAAAGAAAAUGUGGGAUUAAGUGUCAAUCUACCAGAAAAAGAAAAUAUUGGGUCAGAACAUGAGUUAGAAAACAUUGUCAAGGAAAAUAAUGAGUUUACAAAUAAGGAAUUAGAAAAGGGGGAUGAAAGUACUGAGACAACAAACAAGGACUCAGAAAUGGAAGAAAAUUCUGAGACAAAAGGUAGGGAAUUGGAAAAAGUAAAUGAUGAGACAAGUUAUAAAAACUUUGAACAUAAUUCUGAGAUCACAAAUAAGGAAUUACAAAGAGAAAGAGAAUCUCCAGAGAUAAAGGAGAAGGAGUCAGAAAACAAAAGUAAACAUAGAAGUGAACAACAAAUUAGUUGUCAGACUCAUGAACUUUUAUGUGAAAAAUUGGCACAAAGGGAGGCUGAAAAUCUUGAGUUAACAAAACUGCCAUUCAAAAUUGAAAAUGAAAAUAUUGGAUUUAUACAGAGCUUAAAAGAAAUUGGUAACCAAAUUAAUGAGAUACAAAGAAAGCUGACCAAUGUUUUGGAUGAAACAACUAAAUUGCAACAAAUAUUCCUUGAAAACACAAAGACUACAGAUAAGGAAUCAGAAAACUCUGCGACCACAACUAAGGAGUCAGAAAUAGAGGGGAACCGUUUUGAAUCUACAAAGAAGGAAUCAGAUCAGCCAAAUGAUAUUUCUAAGAGAGCAAAUAAGCAAUCAGGAACAGAGGAAGAUAUUUCUGAAACUAUAAAUAAGAAAUCAAAACAAUGUGGGUCUACAAACAGGGAAUUGAUGAAAGAAAAAGAAAAUACUGGGAGCACAAAUAUGGAGUCAAAAAAAGAAAAUUGUACAAAUAAGGAAUCAGAAAAAGAGCAAGGUGUUCCUAAAAACAUAAAUAGGGAAUCAAAAAUGUGUGGGUCUUCAGACAAGGAAUUUACUAAAGGUGAAGAAAACAAUGGAAGCAUAAAUAACCAGUUAGAAAAAGAAAAUUCUGAGAAUGCAAAUACAGUAUCAGAAAGAGAUAAAUCUGAUAUCGCAAAUACUGAAUACAAAAGUUGUGGCCCCACAAAAAAGGAAUUGACAAAAGAAGAAAAUGCUGAGAGCACAAAUAAGAAGUUGGAAAAAUUUAAUUCUGAGAGUGCUAAAACAGAAUCAGAAAAAGAAGAAGAUGACUCAGAUAUCGCAAACACUGAAUACAAAAAUUGUGGCCCCACAAAAAAGGAAUUGACAAAAGAAGAAAAUGCUGAGAGCACAAAUAAGAAGUUGGAAAAAUUUAAUUCUGAGAGUGCUAAAACAGAAUCAGAAAAAGAAGAAGAUGACUCAGAUAUCUCAAAUACUGAAUACAAAAAUUGUGGCCCCACAAAAAAGGAAUUGACAAAAGAAGAAAAUGCUGAGAGCACAAAUAAGAACUUAGAAAAAGAAAAUACAGAGAUGGUAAAUUAGAAAAUGGUAAUUCUGAUAUCAGCACAAUAAGCACAAUCAAAAAUGUGGGUAAAUAAACUGAAAAAAGAAGAAAAUAAUGAACCCACAAUUAUCGAGAGAGAAAAAGAAAAUUUUGAAAUAGAAAACAUAGAAUAAGAAAAAGAGGAACAGACUUCUGGAACUACAACUGAUGAAUAAAAAGUCAGAUUCAAAUAUAUUUUCUCAUUUUUUUCAUCUGGAGUAACAUCUGAAUUAAGAAGAUUCUUAGCCUUUUCUUCUGAUUUAAGCAAGACAAAGAAGGUCCUGAAAAUAAUAACAAUUUGUUGUACAUACAGGUACCUCUUCCAUUAUAAAUGUAUCUUAGUUAUUUAAUUAUAUUCUACUAGCAUUAUAUUGUACCACAUCAUGUCACAAUACAGUAUGUAGCCUAAUAAUUAAUAAUCACUGUAAAUAGAUCAUCAAGGUGGUGGUAAAAGUGUAACAAUGUACCUGGUAAAUUAAUUGGCAGAAUGAAAUUAUAGGUGACAAUAUCAUACACAAACCACAGCACUUUCAGAUAGAGUGUACAUGUAUUUUGAAAAUCAUUUGCCAGUUCAAUGUUGACAAUUUUGGUCCAAAAAUGGCCAAAAUCGCUCAAAGGUGCUCAGAAUGGUGAAAAACUGUGUGAUUUCAAAAGAAGGUUUGGCCUUACCUACGGGCCUGUUUGCAUUGUAUAAAUGUAUGUUAUGAACAAAAUUGUUUAAAAAAAUAUUUUAUUUUGAUGUACAUGCACCAUCAUUUUUUAAAAGUCUAACAAAGAAACUGUAUGAUUGAAUAAUUCGGAAGACUAACAAAAUACUGUAAACAACACUGGUCAACUUUGAAAAGAAAUGAAAAGUAAUGCUUCUUUUCAACAAUAUAUUGUACAUACUGAAUUUAUUAUGUUUACUAUUAUUGAAUGCCGAAGUGUGUGUGUCCUAGAAAUCAUUCUACAUGUCAUUUUAUAUAAAAGACUAAUAAAAUGCCAGAAUUGUUAGAAAACACACAUCUUGAUUAUUAUGCUAUUAUAAUAAAGAUGCC